CAUGCGAUUGUCCGGUUCCGCCGAUAACAAUUUAAAAUUACUUAUUCUAUGAAACGACACUGGCAGGUAAACAUUACUGCGAAAUUCUCGGAGCCGCCCGACGUGGUUUGACGUUUACCCCCUCUCUACCUACCAAAAGACUUUUCAACUUUUACUUUCUCUAUAACCACUGCUAUAUAGUGAGAGCAGAUGCUGGUUACAAAUAUUGGAUGAUAGGGCUGUAUCUAUUAUUUAUUUAUCUGAGAUAUCAGCAGAUAAAUUUGAAAAAGGGCUGUUUCUUCAUAAAAAAUAUAAUUGGAAAAUGGAAGGAAAAAGUUCUAAACGUUCCAGAAACUUUACGAAUAUCGACAAAAAUUUAAUUUGGUUAUUGAACACAGGGAUGUGAUUGAAAAUAAAAAAAACCGAUGGUACAAGUGUAAACGGGAAAAAUGAGGCAUGGCUGGAAAUAACUAACAACUAUAACAGUAAUUAGCAGACGGGCUCCUGUAAUGCUAAACAACUACAUGCUCUGUAUGACACAAUAAAGAAAAAAGCAAGGAAAAAUCUUCACGGUGACAAGGUUAGAAGUAGUUUUUUUAUUAUAUUGAUAUUUGCACAUACUUAUUUUGUUAUAGAAGAAUUUAUGUAAAACCGGCGGUGGAACUUUUAUUCUACAGAGUGAUGAGCUAGAUAAGAAAGUCUGUCCAGUUUUGAAAUCAUAAUACCAACCUUUGCAUAAUAAUUUUGACAUCAGCUGAAUAUUUUCAAGGUAAGGUUAUGGAAUAAUAAAUAUUAAUUGUGGAAUUAUUAGAAAUAUCAGGUGGAGCAAGUCAUGGUAUCGAAAUAGUUCAGUCUAAAGAUAUGCAAAGUCUCACAAUCCAAAUUCCUCAGUUGGCAAAUACAGUAUUGUCGCAAACGAAUCAAUCCAAAAGACCAUACAGCAAAUAUAAUGAAAUAGAUAAUGUACCAAAGAAAACACGAAAACAAAGUGUUGAGCAUUUACCAACAAGAAUAGUUGAAAAAAAAAAAAUUUAAAGAUAAAUUAAACAGAUUUACAAAAAAAAAGAAGAACUUUUUGAUAUCGAAAAAUCGGCAAAAGAAAAUCAACUAAAGGCAACAACUGUGGAAUUACUAAUUAAAAAGGCUGAAUUAAAAUUAAAAGAAAAAGAAAUGGAAAUAAAAAAUGUGGAACUUAAGCAAAACACUGAAGAACUAUUACAUGCCAGACGGCUUCAAGAAAUGGAAGUUGAAAUGAAAGAACAGGAACUUAACAUGAAAAAGAAAAUGCGUUCUACAAAAAAUAAUACAUUUUUUAUUUUUAAAUAUAUUUUAGUGUGCUGUAACAGAAUUAAGUUGGACUCUCCUCCAGACCGUGAUUCUUUGGAAAUUAUUUCGGUUGCAGCCGCAACUCUAUCUUCUAUUUUAACUACAAAUGACACAAUAUCGGAAAGAAAUGACAUCAGAAAAAUUAUAUCUGAAGAACUAGAAUCGCCCGAUGAUUCUGGAGUAUGCACAGAAACUACUAGUUUAGACAGAUCUCCAAGUCUUGAACAGAACAAUUGUGGCUGCGUAGGUAACUCCUCUUCAGCCCUUUGCAACUGUCAAACUCCAAACAUCAAAAAUGCUCACAAUCAUAUUGGCACUAGAGUGAUUCCAAAAUCAUCGUUUCCCAUCCGAAAAAAAAAUAGUGGAAGGACGAGGAAUUUACAAGAGGAAGAUUCCUCUAGUAGCGGUAGUUCUGAGACGUCAAGUUUCAACAGUACUUGUGCUGAUGAUGAAGAGAUUGCUAUGGCGUUGCAGGCUGCUGAAUUGGCUUCUAAAAAUGAAGUUAGGUCCAAAUAUAAGUCCAGCGAAGAUCUUUUACACCGUCUAUUUGUUUGUAUAGCCGGAGUUGCCGACCAACUCCAAACUAACUUCGCUUGUGAUCUCAGGAACAUCCUUAAAUCUGUAUUCCUCAUCAAUGCGACUGACACAACGGAAACUCCUCUCCUGAAAAGCGUAGAACCCGCCAAUCCCAUGGAGAAUUCCAUAGAGUAUCACCCUUCAGAGAAUGAAGUGAUUGAAAACAACGAAUUUUCAGUGGAUCCAAAUAUUUUGGCUCAAGAGGCUCUCUUUGAUUCAAAUAUUUAUUUCCAUUUAGAUUCGGAAGAUGAAUGUCCGGAGUAUUCGAAUCACCCCAGGCCGACGCAAGGGGAUGAACGGAGUAUAAAUUCUCUCUCAUCCGAUUUGAAUAGAAAUAGAGGUGGUUAUAAUCCCACUCCAACAGUACGUCAGUGUCGGAUAGCUAUUCAACAAAAUAUGAAUAUUCGUCUUCAAAUGGCUAUGGAUACAGGAAAUUGUCAAAUUUCUGAAAGUGAAGCACUUGAUAUUGUGGAAGUUGAAGAAAGUACACUUCAUUUUAAAAACAGAAAAUCAAGAGGAAGCUGA